UUUUCAAUGUGGAUAGGUAAUAAAAUGGGGAGGGGUUGGUUGCUUCCAUUCUCUGUGUGUCCAAUCUCUUUUUUUUUUAUUUUAUUUGAAUUCCCUCAAACCUCUUCUUCAGUCUGGUAAAGUAAACUAAAAGUGGGAUUGGUGCCAAAUGUGUCUAAUCAAAACUCAGUCGCAGCGUGCGUACUGGACCUGGGAUUAAGCAUUACAGCGUUUUCUGCUAGUAGUAGUGACGCAGACACGCCAGACAAGGCCUCGGUUACGACCACUGCAGCAGUGGAGGGGAAGGGGAAGGUGAAUGGGGCAACAGCGACCUCCGCGGGCAAUGAGACCGGAUGCUUCCGCUGCGCAAUGGUGGCUCCCAACACAAAAGGAGGAGGAAUGGGGGCUUUAUGGCGAUUUGCAGAUCCGCCAGACAGGCUGUUAUCUGCAGAAGCAAAAGAAGUGAAUAGCCCCUGCGGUAAACCGCGGGGGUUGAAAAAGACACCCUGAUUUUAAAGCUUUUACUGCCUUGAGAGCCAUUGGUGUAGUGGCGUCUUUUCCUGCAGCAUAGGUGUUUGUCUAUUCUUGUUUGUCCAUUCGAGGUUUUAGUGCACAACUAGGCGCAAUGCAGUCGCUGCUCUCCUUUCCUUCCCUGCUCGGUUUGUUUGAUGUCUGCUGGUCAGAUACAACGAAAGUACACCAGAGAAGCGAUGAGAAAACAAAUAGCACAUUCUGGACCCCUCGAAGUCUCUCCUUUCCCACGUCCUUUUCUGUAUGCAGAAAAUCUGCAGGGCUUGAAUUCCCUCCGGCCUUGUAAGGGUGUUGGCCAGACUCUGUUUAUAUGCCUGCAUGAAAUAAAACACCAAAUCGUGUAGCAAAAACCAAAGUUGCAGCUUUCAAACCUUUACGAUUACUUGAUGGCUAGGAUAUCAUAAAACGGACAUGCAUAGAAAGUGAGUUUAUGCUGUUUUGUUUGCCUAAAAUGUUUAAUAUGUAGGUUAUUAUGAUGCGAUAUUUGUAUACAUUUAAUACUUAUUCCAUAAGUUAAACUAUGAAAGAGAAUAACACAUUUUGCACAUUUAGGAAUUUCAGCCUUUCUAAACACGUUCUCACGUCUGGUUUUAUAUUCCCGGACAUUUGUUUGUGUUUAACUGCUCCAGCAUUUUUAAAACCUUCAAUAACAAUUAACUGCAUGUAAAAUGGAAUCUCUUUUUGGCGAUAGUUAGUUGUUACAGAGUGAAAAGCACAUGGACCUCACCUAAGGUUCAUUUUAGCUCCGUUUUUAAGCGUAACGUUACACCGAAUCUCGGGCUGCUGGCAGGUAUUAGGAGCCCAUUUGUUAAUGGCGGCGAUGAAACCAACAUGUAAGGGCAGUGCAAGUGAUAACGGUGGUGUAAAUGGUACAGGGCGUCGAGUUAAACAAACUGGAAUUUACCAUUAAUCUCUCAUAUGGAGAUAUUUAUGAAAAUACUUUGCAAAUGAAAUUGUUUUGUUUAUUUAGCCUUGUUUUUUUUAAAUUUUUUUAUUCUGUGCUAUGUGGCUUAUAUGAACGCAUUACGCUGUAUUAUGGCAUGCAGUUUACAGUUAUUAUUUUAUUUUCUUAGUAAAGUAUUAACCUAAUUGUAUUGUUAAUUUAAUGCGUGAUGCUAUGGAGAUUAAGAAGGCCGUUAUGACACAGUUAUUGUUUUAAUUUAACUUUUUACACUGAAUCUUACAUCUGACAAAAUUAAGAAGAACGGAAAACAGAAGAAACAUUAGAAUUAAAUAGAUAAAAAAAUAAGAUCAUGUCAUUGCCCGAAAACUAAACCUCUAAUAAUUUCCUGUUGCUUGUCUUUAAUGUUGGCCGAUUUAGUUAUCUGAAAAACAAUGAUGAUAAAAAUUAUCUGGAGGCUUGAAUAUGGAGGUUGUCCCCUACUGAACUACGCCGUGCACCAUUCAAAUAAAUUAUUUAAGGAAAUAUGAUGUUUCCUCUUUUCACAUAUAUUCACUUUUAAAUUAGAAAUAAACGACCCACCCAAAUAAAUAAAUAAAAUAAAAGAAAAACAGUAAAAAUGUUAGGGGAAAAUGAUCUACUACUUUCUGUUUGAUUAUAUUAUUAUUUAAUUUAUAUAUAAGAAGUUGCUUUAAAUAAAUAAAAUAAUAAUACUAAUGCCUUCAAGGAAAAAAUCCAGUGUCCCUAAUGAUAAUUGCUGGUGUGAAAAAAAUGCUGAAACGUAAAGAAAUAAUUAUGACAACAAUAACAAUAAUAAUGAAAACGUUGUUUAAAUGUAGCCUGCAUCAGAAAAUGAUAGUAAUAAUAGAAUAUCUGUAAUUUGUGCAAUCAUUUCUGAAUCUCCAACAUUGGAAGAUGCCUCCCUCAGCCCAGCAAAAAUAAAAACAGGAUGUGAUGUGUUUUGGUCGUAAUUUAUCUUCUCACUGCUUCAGUCCUCGAGUUGCAAAGUUCCUAUUUAAUACGCGGGUGUUUCUGGAUGUGUUUUGGCGAGCGGCAGCCGCGGAGUGCUUACGUGUCCAAUAAAGUAUCUCAUAAAAUAAGGCUUCCAAAUACAUAUUGUAUCGUUUUGGAGAACGAAUGAAGGGAUUUGAACGGCUGUGAGUAGCAGUGUUGUUGUUUACUCUUCUCUUUCUUUUUAUUCAUUCAUACUUUUAUCUCGCUCUCUACAGAUUUCCAAAUCCUGAUCAUUUAUAAAAACCAGUGCUUGUUAUAGCUGAGCAGGCUGAGUAUUUAAUGACUGCAGGGAUUGAUUUAUCUUUUAUUGUUCAGCUUUAUGAUCACGUGUCUCGGCUGCCCAAUGGCAUGGCGGCGUGGCUCCCCUUUACUUUCCCUGCUGUAGUUCUCUGUGCAUGGGGCCAAGUUGCUACUUGAUUUCUCCACAUUGUUAUUUUGUGAGGCUGCGCUUUACUGCGCGUGCAUUUGUGUGUGUGUGCUUUGAGGAAUGUGUGCAUUUUGUUUUCCUUUGCAUGUAUCUGUUGUAUGACUGCGUACAUGUGAAAUCGGUUUAAUUUCCCUGCCAUGUCGACGUCCGGAGCACUCACGAGCUACUACGUCGAUUCCCUUAUCCUGCCCGAGAGCGAGGAGCUCUCCGCCCCGAGAUACCCCCCCGGUGCCGGGCUCCAGCACGCCAGACAGCCUGCUCCUGUGGUUGACCACAGCGAGCUCGGGACUUGCGCCUUUCCGUCCAAACCUCCCGUGUUCGGGCCGUCAUGGAACCACGUCCCGGCUCAGUUCCCAGGCGCCGUCUCCUCUGUUUAUCACCACUACGGGCAUCCGCAAGGCCCGAUGGGUGCGGAGACAGACGGCCGCUACCAGUCUUGGCUCCUUGAGCCCGUGUCAAUGCCCGGAUUACCACCGAGCCACCACCACUAUGCGAUUAAACCGGAGGGGCUGGGGACCCCGCCCGGAUCCCACACGGCGCUGCUGCUUUCCGAUUACGCCAACGGCACGGUAGCGACACCGUCACCCGGAGAGAAGGACGAGCUGUCCACGCAGGGAGGGGAGCUGAGCGCAGAGGGCGAGGAGAAACCGGGCCUGGACCCAAAUAAUCCUGUGUCCAACUGGCUCCACGCGAGUGCCACGAGAAAAAAGCGCUGCCCUUACACCAAGCACCAGAUCCUGGAGCUGGAGAAGGAGUUCCUCUUUAACACCUACCUGACCCGGGACCGCAGGUACGAGGUGGCACGGCUGCUGAACCUCACCGAAAGACAGGUCAAAAUCUGGUUCCAGAACCGCAGGAUGAAGAUGAAGAAAUUUAACAAGGACGCAGCGCCGAAAGACGAAUGAAUUACGCGCAGAUCCACGCAGGAUUUCUAGGCUGUGAGCAGAAUCAGCUGGACAUUUGUUUUUAAAGGUCCCUUGUCUUAUUGUACUAUCUAACAUCCUAUAGGAUUAUUUGUCUUGCAAAAGAAAAAAACAAAAAAAAAAGCAUGUUGGAGAUUAGUUUGAUGCUACUACCUUUAAAUUGCACAAAUCUGACAGUGCCCAUUGUUUUGUUUUGUUUUGGUUCGUUUUUUUAUUGUCUUGAUUGAUUUGAAUUAAUACCUCGUUAAAGUGUUAAAUUAGUUGGCCUGCUCCUUUAAUUGUGCCUGUUUGUGUAUGGAUGUUUCUAGCUAAGUGUGUGCGUGUGCGUGUGUGUGUGUGUGUGUGUUUCGUUUAUAUUUGUUGUCUAAACGUAUAGUUUAUUAUAGAAAACGUGUUAAUUUUAUUGUUGUUUCUCCAUAAGUGAUAGAACUAUGACAGAUGGCCGUGAAUUGGAUACUAACUUUAGAACCACAGAAGGGGAAAAAAAAACAUAAUUGAUGCAUAAAACCGCUCAGAUUUCUUGCCAAUUUCUAAAAGAUCUUAUCAUAGGUAUAGCUACCAUCAUCGACUACCUAUAUUUUGCAACUACCUACAAUAUGUUUGUUUAUUUUUAUUUUUUAGACGAUGGAUCAUAGUAGGUUUGCUGGCAUCACUGUAUAAACACUUCUGACUGAAUUUCAGGGAGAAACAUUUCCAAGGAAGGGACACCAUGUUUGCUAGUGAGAGGAAAGGAUACACUGUAGGCUACUCAAUAAAUACCUCGCACGGUCUGCUGACCGUCUGACGUUUGGUUCCUAAAUGUAAUUUGUAUUAUUUAUUAAAUAAAACAAAUUAUAUCUCGAAA